UCUGGAAAGUCCACACCCCGGAAUCAAACCCUAACUUUCACUGAAGUCAGCAAAAUUUAGAACGGAAUAGGCUAUGUAGCAAACAAGCUAACCUAGCAUUAGCUCAUAUCUGUGUACCGGUGUUGGGAUAAAUGUUACGAUAAAUGCUAAAAGACAUGUCCAGGCCUGUAAUAGACAGCUCAAAAGCUUACAGUUUCCAGUGAGCUGCUUAUUGUUUUACUAAUACUGUAACAGUGGUUAAAAAGUUAGAACUAUCUCUUCACUAGCCUCCUGGUGUAGCUUCAACUUCCAUCGAUAUUAUCUAUUAAUGCUAACUUAGCCAGCUAACGAGCUAACAUCUCUGCACCGUUCUGCCGUUUCUCUUGAAACCAAAGUUACAGUUGUUGUCACCCCGUUCCUAAAUGUGCUGCUGCAGCAAAUAUGUCUCUAAUGGAAGUUAGACAGACGUAAAUAUGUGUGUAUUAAGUUGUUUGGUUGCAGCCUUUCACUACCCUCGUACAGCAGCGGUGUAGUGUUUCAGUUUAAAGCCCAGCUCUGACGGUAGCAGCUCCUUGUGUUUUAAUGUUUUCUGAUAGCUAGCCGGCCAGCUGUACUGCUUAUUCAGUAUGCAUUGAUGUCCGUCACGUGAAUAGUUAAAUUCUAGCCUCCUCGCUGUGUUUUCGGCUGUGUGCACACUCAGCAGAUUAAACCAAUGCUUUUUGGGUGGCAUCGAGGGCUGCACCUACUACGAAUAAGACGCGCAUUGCAGGUGCAUUGCAGUGAGUGCAAUGCUGUUAAUGGUGACCUAACUUUGCAUGCACUGUGCCUCUGAUCUGGUCCGUGAGAUCCAGGAGGGACAGGGCAUUCUUGAACCUGUCAGCUAGCCAGCCGAAGAGACGGGGAACAGGAUAGGGAAGCAGGGCGAGGCGGGCCCCGCGGAGCCGGUGGAGAAGAUGGCCGGCAGCCCGGAGAAGAGUUCCACCGCGCAGGAGCUGAAAGAGCAGGGCAACCGACUGUUCCUGUGCCGCAAGUACCAAGAGGCUGCUACGUGCUACAGUAAAGCUAUUAACCGUAAUCCAUCCGUGGCAGUAUACUACACAAACAGGGCUCUCUGCCAUGUGAAGUUGCAGCAGCAUGACAAGGCUCUGGCAGACUGUAAGCAUGCACUGGAGCUGGACAGCCAGUCAGUAAAGGCCCACUUCUUCUUGGGCCAGUGUCACCUGGAGCUGGAGAACUACGACGAGGCAAUCGGCAACCUGCAGAAAGCUUAUAACCUGGCAAAGGAACAGAGGCUGAACUUUGGAGAUGACAUCACCAGCGCCUUGCGCAUUGCAAAGAAAAAACGUUGGAAUAGCAUCGAGGAGAAGCGCAUCAACCAGGAGAAUGAGUUACAUGCCUAUCUGACCAAACUCAUCCUGGCUGAGAAGGAAAGAGAACAAGAAGAAUACAAAGAGAAACAGGACGACAAUCAAAACGGAGGCGAUAUGGCCAAAAUUGCGUCUAAACAUGAUAAAUAUCUAAUGGACAUGGAUGAACUCUUCUCUCAAGUGGAUGAGAAAAGAAAAAAGCGAGAGAUCCCAGAUUAUCUGUGUGGGAAGAUCAGUUUUGAGCUGAUGAGGGAGCCUUGCAUCACACCCAGUGGAAUCACCUACGAUCGCAAGGACAUCGAAGAGCACUUACAGCGAGUUGGACAUUUUGACCCAGUCACCAGGAGCCCUCUGACCCAGGACCAGCUGAUCCCCAACCUGGCCAUGAAGGAAGUGAUUGAUGCCUUUAUCCAGGAGAACGGGUGGGUGGAGGACUACUAAGGGACCCCCACACCUCCAAUCUCCGUCGUACUCCUCCCUCCCUCCGAUACUCCACACAAAGCCUGGACAUCACAAGACUCUAGAGAACAGAUCACCCUCUUGCCUGGAUAUGAACUUUAACACAAGCGGGAAAAAGCCACAUUAUGGACUACCAGACGGGAGCCAUGUUCCUCUGUCCACCUCUCUCUCCCCACAUUUUACCUUUGCUGUAAAACUUCCCGCUCCAAAAUUCUGAGGCUCGACCGUUCAGGCCUGCUUCUCCCUUUAAAGCCCCCCUUCACUCUGCUCUUUCUCUCUGCUAUUACCUUCUGUCAUUAACCCUUUCUUCACUCUAAAUAAGGGGCCGUGUUCUCAGGUCUCUUUCCCUCCCCCUCUCUGUCUCUCUCUUUCUCGAGUGCCACAAUCCUUUUAAAGCAUCAGCAUUGCACUCCUUCUUUCACAUAAACCACCCUUAUUUAAAAAAAUGACUCGUGGUGGUGAGUUUAUUAGACCUUGGCCUUUUUGUUUGGCAUUUACUCCAGUAUUUUUGGUCAUUUUUUAGUUAGAGUAUGCCCACUUCUUGGUGUAUUUUUGCUGAAGUGGAAUCUAAAAUGCCAAAAACCUGUUCUCAUGAGGUUUGUAUGCAAGUUUUACAUCAACGUACAUGAAAACUAGUCCUAGAAAAUGAGGUCCCUUCUUCCCUUUUGUCACCAUACUGUAAGGUUUUAAGUACAUUGUUAGGUUUUUUUUCUUUGCAUAUCAAUCACAGCCCAUUACAAACAAUUCAGAUAAGUUGAAUGUAUGCAUAAUGUACUCUUUAGUUUAGGCUGUAACUCAAAUGUCUUUUUAGCAGGUUAAUGAACAAAGGGUUUCAUGACAAGCGGCCUUGAACUUGAUCAAAUUAACAGAAAAAAACGCUGCAUACAGAAAAGUUUUCAUAAAGAAUAAACAUUAAAAAACUGCUGCUCAGAAACAAAACAGUUUUCAUAUUGCUGGAUAUUAACAGAAAGUAUUUGAAUUUCGAUGGAUGACGCCCCCUGCUGUGCUCUGUGCUGUCUGUGUUGAUCAUAGAAACAAAAAAGUGUUUUUGGACGUUGUGUUUGGCUCGUGCUGUUUGCCUGGAAUGACAUCGGAUCUCACAUCAAGCAUCCAGUGAAUUUUAUUUUCUUUCAAAUGGCGUUUUUCUGCCUUUUUGCUGUUAAUUUGGCAUACCUUUUCCUUUACAGAAAACGGUUGCAGCAGUGUUCAAAAAUCAAUCCUCCUCUCUGUUUAAAAAAUGCUGGAAGAGUUACGACCAUCUUAUUUCCUCCAUACCUCAGUCUGAGCUAAUUUUCAGUUGCUAUUCUUAUUAUUUGACCUGUUUUUUUUCCAGCUGAAUGUGUCUGUGGUGAAUUUGGCCUGUCAGUGGUGCGUGUCAGCGUGCAGGCUAUGUAAAUAAAAUGCUUGUGCAUCUCAGAUUUUAUUUCUUGACAACAUAGGUUUCUUGUUUUCUGGAGAAAUCCUAGAGCUUGACAAACUGUAUUAAAUGUAGAUAUGUUGAUAACAUGAAUGCCUGGUUCCGUUUUCAUUUGUCCCCAUUAAACCGUGACCUUUGA